CGGCGCGGGGGCGGGGCGGCCGGGGGCGCGGCCGGGGCGGCAGCGGGGGCGGGAGCGGCCCCGGAUGGAGGAGGCCUCCGCCAUUUAGACAGCCCGCAGCGGCAGGCGCCGGGCCGGUGAGAGGGUGUAUCGGGUAGCUGUUGCCGUCAUGGGGCGCCUGUCGCAGCUGCUGUUGCUUGCUCUGCUUGUCUUCCCCGCCGCCCUGCUGCUCGGGGGCGCCCGCGGCGGCGCAGGUUCAGGUUUAUUAGUUGCAGCUCAAGAUGCUACAGAAGAUGAGGAAGCUGUGGAAGAUACUGUAGUUGAAGAUGAAGAUGAUGAAGCUGAAGUUGAAGAAGAUGAGCCAACAGACUUGACAGAAGAAAAAGAGGAAGAAGACUUGUCAGGGGAACCUAAAGCCUCACCUAGUGCUGAUACAACCAUCUUAUUUGUGAAGGGUGAAGACUUUCCAGCAAACAACAUUGUAAAAUUCCUGGUGGGCUUCACCAAUAAGGGUACAGAGGAUUUCAUUAUUGAGUCUCUCGAUGCUUCUUUCCGGUAUCCUCAGGACUAUCAGUUUUAUAUCCAGAACUUCACAGCUCUCCCUCUAAACACAGUGGUUCCACCACAGAGACAAGCCACGUUUGAGUACUCUUUCAUCCCUGCUGAGCCUAUGGGUGGUCGUCCUUUUGGACUAGUUAUCAAUCUCAACUACAGAGAUGUAAAUGGCAAUGUGUUUCAAGAUGCUGUCUUCAAUCAAACUGUUACAAUUAUUGAAAAAGAAGAUGGGCUGGAUGGAGAAACGAUCUUCAUGUACAUGUUCCUUGCUGGACUUGGUCUACUGGUUGUUGUUGGCCUACAUCAGUUACUAGAAUCUAGGAAGAGGAAAAGACCAGUACAGAAAGUAGAGAUGGGAACAUCAAACCAGAAUGAUGUUGACAUGAGCUGGAUUCCCCAAGAAACUUUAAAUCAAAUAAAUAAAGCUUCACCGAGAAGGUUGCCCUACAAGAGGGCACAGAAGAGAUCAGUGGGCUCUGAUGAGUAAAUGUUAAUCAGUACAACAGUUGAACCUUUACUAAUCCUGCCUGUUUGGGUUUUUUGGAUUGGAGUAGUGCAGCGAAUCCAUAUCACCAUAAGGAAAAUACUGCUAAACAUUUGGACUGAACAGAUUAACUGAAUGGUGUUAAUAUUACUGAAAAUGCACUUCUCUUUUUUUUUGUUAAUUGUUGGGGAGGGAGCGGGGGGAGGCAGCCAUUAAGAUUUGUGCCUGCGUGUGUAAGCAGUUGGUCUUAACAGAACCCUGUUACCUGAAAUGUGCCUUUAGAGUUCUUUGUAAUGCUGGCUUGUUAUCUGUACACUAUCUUUGAAGGAUUUUUCUCCUCCCCCUAAUCUUGAAUGUCUAGUGACUUUAAUCUGUCUUGAUUGUAUCAUGUCUGUAUCAGAAUCUGUAUGCAUUUUUCUUUUUCAAUAAGUAACUAUUCUCUACAGUGUGCACACACUGAAGUGUGUGUGUGUGAUCCUGUUUCAGUGGCAAGGCACUGACCAUCUAGAUUUCUGCAUAGUUUGCAUUCUAAAGGCACAAUUGGGUAUAGCUGCUUGUAGUGGUAGAUAUUUUGCUGCUCUUUGAUCUGGACAUGCAGUGACCUAAAAAUCUGAACUUAUCUGCAUAGAUGUUGGGAAGACUCUUACACAGCAGCAGAACUCGUGAAGCAUGGAAUUUGUGUGCUGAAUUGGUAUUACUACAUAAAUUUUUUUUAUACCCAACUUGUUAAACGGUUAGUUAUUGAAUCGUGCCAGCAGCUUAGGUAUCCUGAUUGUAGUGGUAGCUCUGCAAUGUUUACUCAAGAAAUUAUUGAGUAAGCCAGAACAACAUUUCCGUAAGUUCUUGAUUCUCUCACAAAAAUGAGUAUGUCUUACGUAUCAAAAUGUGGACUCUUUUUCUUAAGGCUUUACAUGAGACAAAGACUUUGCAUUUACUGUACACACUUGAAACUGAGUUUGAAAAGAAAACUGUUGGCUUUCAAUAAUCUUUUUAAAUGGCAAACUAUUUCAUUCACUCUUCGCAGUUUUUAAAUCUCAAACUUCAUUCCACCAGUCAGUACCUGGGUCUGAGUUGUUGUGUUUUUUGGGUUUUUUUGGUCACCUUGUCUUUUCUAGUAGUAGCACAGUUGCAUAUCUAUUGUUAACUACAUGUUAGUUCAGUACGAAAACAGAUGAGCUAUAUGCAAUCAAAAUGGGAUUCUCUUUGUUGUGACAGGCAUGGUUUACAUAAUUACUAGGAACAGAGGUGUUGAUCCACUCCCAUUGCAUUCAGGAAUUUAAGUGACAGGAAAAAGAGCAGAUAAUGCAGUGUCAGUUUGCUGCCAUUCAGGUACUUGAACAAGGCUUGAAUUGUUUUCAUCUCAACUGCAUCUCCUGUGUUUGAUGGUUAUCUGGAAGCUUGUUCAGUUCUGGAAGAGGCAUUGAUUUGAGACUUCUUGUUUUCUUCUUUUCUUCCCCUUGUGAUCCCCACAGAUAAAAGUGCCAUUUUAGACCUAUGCUUGCUGUGCAGGGACUGAACUUCUGAGCCAAUAUUAAUACAGAGCAACACUUGCAAAUCACGUCAUAGCAUGGCUGAAGAAUCUAAGCUCUGAAACUACCUGUACUGGCACUAUUUUACAAUACACUUUCCCAGAAUGAACUGUGAAGAUGUUCUUGACUCAUCUUGCUAUGGAAAAGAAUAGGAAAGCAACCCCACAGGUGCUUUAUUCAGCUUCCUGCUAAUAGAGGUAGCCCAGGCAGCAUAUUUUUAAUAGUUAAGGCUGCUGAAUCGUCAUACAGAACACUUAGCACACAGUUGAAUGCUACCUCCAUAAGAGGUAUCUCCACUCGAGUUAUAUGGAACAACUUUGUUUGCCUUUAGUGAUAUAAUCUGACUGGUUUUGUGGUGGGUUUAUGGGCUUAUAUUCAAGCUUGCCUUGAUUGAACAAAGUAUUUAUAUAUGAAAUGCUUUGUGUACUAAAGCCCGAUAGCUAUUGCAGCACCUGAUGUACUGAACUUUUAAGUUCCCUCUCUUGGAUAAUGUCUCUAACCUGGAAUCAAUAUAUUUUUGUUUCACCUUCUGGCAAGAGGUAAUCUUAAAUUGUAUAUUCUUCCCAAGAUAAGAAGGUACUCUUUUGAGAGGGUGAUGAGAGCUGCUCUAGGUGCAGUGGUACUCCAGGAAAAAAGGCAAAGGAUCAGAACAGAGGAUACUCAUUUGUAAUAUCCUAGUUUUAUUUGUUUAUAUAAAUAGUUUAGCCCUUACUGAUUGGGAUUUGGAGCAAGUUAGGCAGUUAGAUAUCUUACACAGACCAAGGCUUAAGCUGAAGGACUGAAGCACUGUACAAAUAAGUGUUCGAAGGUUUCAGCUUUCUUCUCUGCACUCGGUGGUUUAUAUCCAAAUGCUUACGUUCUAAGCAUGAAAGCAGAGACAAGACACUUCAGCUUGCAUAGGAACAAGCAGUGGGAAAGUUCAGUUGUACUCAGGCUCUUUCUGAUCAUGCAACUUGGCAUUUGCUGGGGGAUGGUUCACAGCAACUUUCUCAGCCGGAAGCAGUUCAUAGGAACAGUGGCCAGCAGUCCACUGCUGCUCAUCAUAAAUGAAGUAACAGUUUUUAAUUCCUUGUUAGUUUGUUGUAGUUGAAAUUUAGCAAUAAUAUUCCACUGUGUAGUGGUAAUUGAACUUUGACAUCUCUUACAUUAUUUCUAGUAAAUAAGUCAGUCUACUACACUCAUAUUUCUUCAAGUGGGAGAACAUAGUUGUUGCUUUAUCCUGUUGGUUAACAACUUUUACUUUGGUACUUGAAUUUUCUACUCAAUUUUGAAACACAUACAGAUAUCUUAGUGUCACAGGUAUGUUACUGUGUAUUAUUAUUACUAUCAGCUAAGUACAGUAUAGUUUCAUUGAUUUCAAGAUCGAACAAGUAGCAAUUCUGCCUGUCUGUAUGCCACCCUUUUCUAUGUGGCAGCACAAGCAUUUGUAUAACCUCGCGUUCUUACCAACCUAAUUUUCAGCAAGCUUACUGCACUACCACACAACUGCUCAUGUGAGGUUAUGAUAAGCAAGGAUUGUGAAGGAAGGUAUGGACUAGAGUUUCUUCCUUGUUAGUAAGAGAUGCUAAAGUGGUUUUAGACCACAAAUAAACUAUAGCCCUAGUGUGAAGGGCCAGUAUUAAUCCCUUUCUCACAGUUCCUUAACUAAUGCAAAAAAUUGUGGAGUUUUAGUGAGUCUAUACUUGGCAUAAGAAAAACUGCUUUAGCAUUCAUGUCUAUAGUGGUAGCAAAACAUUAAUUUAGCUACACUUCAAUUGCAUUUGGUACUUGUAGCCCUCUGUAUGCUGUCUGCUUUGUGACUGACAGCAGUUUAUUUUUUCCCCAGUAUCAUUUAAUCAGAGAAGAGUGGCUGCUGUCAGAUUAAAGGACAAAGUGUCAUCUCUAUUCUUCAUGUACAAAAUUAUUGAAUGGCAGGCCAUGGAGAUGAAUGGAGCAGACUAGUGAUGGCAGUGCUUCUGCUUGUUUCAAAACGGUUAUGCAGAACAUCUUCCUUACCUUGGAAUGGAUAUAAUCAAAAGUAUCAUUCACUGUUUCUUCCUGGAACGUACAGUGCUAAACAACAUGUUGCAGUUGAAAGCUCUGAAUUCAGGGAAGCAGCAGGGAAGUUAAAUACUAAUGUAGGCUGGUGGUUGUGUUUUUCAGGGUGCCUCAUGUACUGAGCAGCAGUUAAGAGUCUGUUCUCUUCUCCAAAGGAAGGACAGUACCUACCUCAUAGGAGUGACACAAGGGCUGUUUCAGGAGUGUUUUGAAGUUGAGACUUGCACAAUACACUUCCAUGGAGAUAGUAAGACAUAGCACUAGUGUAAGGACCUACGUUCAUGCUAUACCAGUUUAAUCCCCUCACUGAACAGAAUUUAGCAGCUUUACACUAACUUUUCUUAAAUACACAGAGCAAUUGUAGUUAACUUAGAGCGAAGCCAGAAAGAUCUUUCUGUUUUCUGCAGGAGUUUAUAGGUGGGCUAAAUAACAUUUCUUCUGAUGCUUUUCCAUUUCUCUCUAAUUUUUCCCGGGGAUUUUUUUUUUUUUAAUCAAGUCAUAUAGAUGAUUGUGUUGAUACAAUCAAACAGUCGGUUUAAGAAUGACUGAUUUGGAUGAUUAAGCUCAGAUGAUGUAUUACAACUGAAAUGUUAAAUUAACAUUCACUUUCUUACCUGCUGACUUUCAUUUGUGAGAUCAGAUCUCUUGAAGAUGGCUGCAGGUUUUUUGUAAAGUAAACUUGAUUUAUUUUUUUUCUUAGCAUUGUGUAGCUUUUUUUUUUUUUUUUCUUUUUUUUUAAAUAAAGCAUGAGUAUGGCACCAAAAA